CUAGACCACACGGCUGAUAUCCAGGUGCAUGCGUGGGGGCAGACACUGAAGGAUAGUUUUGAGCAAACCGUUGUGGCCAUGUUUGGAUACAUGACAGAGCUGGAUGCUAUUGAGAUUGAUGAUUCACAGACUUCUGAAUUCUCAGUCGAGGGUCAUGAUUUGAUGUCGUUGUUGUAUGCGUUGUUGGACGAGUUUUUGUUCCGGUUUAGCGCCGAGGACAACCUGGUGUGCCGUGAGGUUGAAAUUGUCGAGUUUGAUACCGACAACUUUAAGAUUACCGUGCGCGGGAAGGGCGAGGUGUUUGACUUGGCCAAGCACCCACAGGGUACUGAGAUCAAGGCUAUCACCUACUCCAACAUGCAGAUUCACACGGAGCGGGCCACCCAUGAUGUUUACGUCAUUUUGGACAUUUGA